CGCCGCCGCCGCCGCGGGGCCUGCCCGAGCUGCUGGGCGGGGCCGCAGCCGGGACCCAGCGGGAGGCGACGAGGCGACCCUGGCGUGCUCGACCCCGCGGAGCCAUGGCCGGCUGCUGCUCCGCGCUCGGGGCCUUCCUGUUCGAGUACGACACGCCGCGCAUCGUGCUCAUCCGCAGCCGUAAAGUGGGGCUCAUGAACCGCGUGGUGCAGCUGCUCAUCCUGGCUUACGUCAUCGGGUGGGUGUUUGUGUGGGAAAAGGGCUACCAGGAAACUGACUCUGUGGUCAGCUCAGUGACCACCAAGGCCAAAGGGGUGGCUGUGACCAACACUUCUGAACUUGGAUUCCGGAUCUGGGACGUGGCGGACUAUGUGGUUCCAGCUCAGGAGGAAAACUCGCUCUUCAUCAUGACCAACAUGAUCAUCACUGUGAACCAGACACAGAGCACCUGUCCAGAAAUUCCGGAUCAGACCACCGUUUGUAACUCAGACUCGGACUGCACUCUUGGCUCCGCAGGCACCCACAGCAACGGAAUUGGGACCGGAAAGUGUGUGCCAUUCAAUGAGUCCGUGAAGACCUGCGAGGUGGCAGCUUGGUGCCCAGUGGAGAAUGACGCUGGCGUGCCAACGCCAGCUUUUUUAAAGGCCGCGGAGAACUUCACCCUCUUGGUAAAGAACAACAUCUGGUACCCUAAGUUUAAUUUCAGCAAGAGGAAUAUCCUCCCCAACAUCACCACUUCCUAUCUCAAAUCGUGCAUUUAUGACGCCCAGACGGAUCCCUUCUGCCCCAUAUUCCGUCUCGGCAAGAUUGUGGAGGACUCCGGGCACAGCUUCCAGGAUAUGGCGGUUGAGGGAGGCAUCAUGGGCAUCCAGAUCAAGUGGGACUGUAACCUUGAUAGAUCCGCCUCCCUCUGCCUGCCCAGAUAUUCCUUCCGGCGCCUCGACACCCGGGACCUGGAACACAAUGUGUCUCCUGGCUACAAUUUCAGGUUUGCCAAGUACUACAGGGACCUCACUGGCAACGAGCAGCGUACACUCAUCAAGGCAUAUGGCAUCCGCUUUGACAUCAUUGUGUUUGGAAAGGCUGGGAAGUUUGACAUCAUCCCCACCAUGAUCAACGUCGGCUCCGGCUUGGCGCUGUUAGGGGUGGCGACUGUGCUGUGUGACGUCAUAGUCCUCUACUGCAUGAAGAAAAGAUACUACUACCGGGACAAGAAGUACAAGUAUGUGGAAGACUACGAGCAGGUAGGCAGCUGUGCUCCCGGCAGGCAGCGAGAAGUCUGCAUACCUUGUCUCGUCUCUUGUCCCAGUAGGGAACACCAGGCAAGGCCCUUCCACAAAGGUUGUCACCUGUCAACCGACCACCUGUGGUAG